CACAUCUGAAGCCGCACUGGGUAUUGACCUCCGUCGGCUUCCGCGAGAUAUUGUCAUACCCGGUCUCACGUGUCUUGAGGUGUGGUAAAGGCAAGCCACUUGGCCUUGUUCCGCAUCAUAGUGGUAUGAUGAUGUUAUGGCUCCGCCUAAUUUCAUAAAAAUACAGGCCAUGGAUGUUGUUGGGCAUCAUCGCUGCGUUAGCGUUUUUUCCAUCGGUUUCUCGUCGAAGUUUGGGGGGGUUGAAAAUGGGUUUAAGAUGGAGCUCAUCUCUGUCAUUUCUGAUAGAUCUUGGGGCCCAGAGAUCUUCAACUUCGGUGAUCCAGCCCAGGUUUCUAUCAACCUACGGAGACUAUGACUUCACACGGCCAUCACGCAAGGUCCACAACCAGCUUGCAUGGCGAGGGCUAUGGUGAACGACAUCAUAGAAGCAGCGGCAGAGAUUCCAAGCACAAGUCAUCGUCAAAGAAAAGCUCGACCGCAACCUACAACUCUCAGUUUUCAGUCGAGCCUGUGUCCUUCCUGUUCUCGGUGAUUGAAUACGAGGUUUCCUACGGCAACUCGCCUGCCCCCAGGGAUCAAUGGGACAAUACUUUGCCGCCGUUGACUAGAAAUGGUUACCGACUUAACAACGAAGCGCCUGUCUUUCGGUACAGAGAUGGAAUCGUAUCCGAAGCCCCCGAGUAUGCGUGGCGCAGGUUGGUCGAGGGCCAACCUGGCGGAAUCUACAGGCAUGAGCAUGGCCAGUUCUUGGGUCAAGCUUUCCACUACAAGGCACACAGCAUAUUUGCCUGCUCACCAUGUCUCCCCUUCAUUAUUGCCGACGGAGACAUAUCCCUUUACAAUAGCUACAUGCGUAAUGUGGGCGAGCAUGGGACCAACGCCUAUGUCGAAGACUCGGCCCGUUGUUGGCACAUGCUACACUUCGACCACAACAAUGGCAUUUCCCAAGCGAAUGGUGAAUCGUAUGGGCACCCCUGGGUUGCUGGCAGGAACCCAUCAUGGAUGCCAUCUUUGGUACCUAAGGUGUUCAGGAACCACAAAGAGCCACAGACGCUGUCUCGAGGCCUUUCUGGAGAAAUCUCCAUCGUAAUUGGUCUCAUGGCCUUUCACAGUCCGCCACGCUAUCCUGGUUGGGUGUUUGAACAACAGUGGUGGACGCACAACUUAUGGCAAGGACCUAACUCAGCACCAGUAUACUACCCCCCUCAAGCUGACGCAAUUCCCCGCGGGUUCCUGGUCCAUGUGUGUCUGGAUCUCUAUCAAGCUCCCGGAGUAUCCCCCGAACACUAUAGUGAACAUUACGCAAAUCAGACUGCAAGUAUCAGUGAGUUUGAGGCUGAUAGAGCAUGGGUUCGAGAUGUCGGGACCCAUUGA